ACCUGAAGUUUCACCGCGGAACCGCAUUUCUUUGACCAAACUACCAUGUCUUCUUCACGCUUCUUUGGAAAUGACGGUGGUUCAUAUGUAGCACUCAACCCCCUCUCGCGGACAUCACGGUCCCCAUCGCCGCAGUCUGACUUUGACGAUCCACUCGUGUUUGCGACUUUCUCAGGUGCCGAGGCAAAUGCCAGGAGGACACAUACAAAGCACGUACGAAGACGAAGUGCAGAACCCCUCACUAUCAGCACAUCCAAGACCUUUGUACCAUUACGUAGAAGCUUGGAAGUCGAGGAAGAUGGAGAUAUCGAAGAGGACGGUUUGGGACACGACGAAGGGACCGCUGUUGUGUCAUUGCUCACGGGCGCAACCAGUCCACGAAGAUUUGGCUCAGACAGUAGGGAAAAGCGAGGAGCAGAGCAGUUGCCAGAGCAAGAAUUCCUCAAUCUCAUCCUGCAUCAAGCGAAUUUGGAUGACGCACAAGAACUAUGUCGGGCAAGAUUGGAUUAUCUAUUAAAGACGGACGAUGCUCGAAAGCUGCAGAGAACCCCAUUUUACAAAGUUGCCCUUUACCGAUCUCCCGCUAUCCUCACGACCCUACUGCUAGAAAUGCUCGUGGGCGCAAUAGUGUCAAGUUAUGCAGACGUCUUAGAUCGACAUAUCCUACUGACAGCCUUCACACCAGUAUUAUCAAGCAUGUCUGGUAAUAUCGGCCUCCAAGCAUCCACAACCACACUUCGUGCUCUUGCAACGGGCCAUGCAUCAAAUUCUGACUGGCAGGACGUAAUGCGAGUUAUGCUUAAAGAAUUUUUUUCGGCGCUCGUCAUUGCAGUCGUAUCCUGUUUUGCCCUGAUUGGAAUAGGACUAGCGUGGAGUAAAAGCUUGAGUUUUGCAUUAGUGACGGGAUUCAGUAUCUUGAUUAGCUCGUCAUUUGGGGGUAUUGUUGGGUGUCUCGGGCCGAUGUUGUUCAAGAAGUUAGGUGUAGAUCCAGCAUUAACGGCUGGGCCCUUUGAGACUGCCGUUCAGGACAUGGUCGCGUAUUCUGCUUACCUUGGUUUAGCUAGCAAGUUCUUACCAGGACCUGUAAAUACGACGAGCGAUUAGCGCGCAACUGGGACUCUGGUGUUACUACUUUUGCCAGCUUUUUAAAUUAAUUCCAAGGCAAAGACGGUUUUAUC